GACAUGGAUUUCUUGCAAACGAUUCUGUGGUUUCUGGCGUGCUGCAGCAGCGCCGGGGCCGUUUUCAAUCUGAAAUACACAGUGGAGGAAGAACUGCGCGCAGGAACGAAAAUCGCCAAUGUCACGGCGGACGCGAAAGUGGCUGGAUUCACGCUGGGGAAUCGGCAACCUUUUUUGCGGGUAAUCUCCAAUUCCGAACCGCGAUGGAUAAACCUAAGCCCGGCAGGACUGCUCCUCACUAAGCAAAAAAUCGAUCGCGACGCUGUUUGCCGACAGACGCCGAAGUGCAUAAUUUCUCUGGAGGUAAUGUCCAACUCGAUGGAGAUAUGCGUGAUUAAAAUCGAGAUCUUGGACGUGAACGAUAACGCGCCCCGAUUUCCCACCAGUCAUAUCGACAUUGAGAUCUCGGAAAACGCCGCUCCAGGCACGCGGUUUCCCCUAGAGGGGGCAAGCGAUCCGGACUCGGGAAGCAAUGGCGUUCAGACUUACACGCUCUCCCCCAACGAUAUUUUCGGCCUGGAGAUCAAGACCAGGGGAGAUGGAUCUAAAAUAGCCGAGCUCGUAGUAGAAAAGGCUCUGGACAGGGAGACACAGUCUCAUUAUACGUUUGAAAUCACCGCUGAGGACGGAGGAGAACCACCAAAGACUGGGAAUGUACAGCUUAACAUCAAAGUAAUCGACUCCAACGAUAAUAACCCUGUAUUUGAUGAGGCCGUUUACACUGUUAAUGUGGUGGAGAAUUCUGCUAUAAAUACAUUAGUAAUAAAAUUGAAUGCCACUGAUCCAGAUGAAGGAACAAACGGUGAAGUUGUGUACUCGUUUGUUAAUUUUAUGUCCAACCUGACGAAGCAAAUGUUCAAAAUUGAUCCCAAAACUGGUGUCAUAAGCGUUAAUGGAAUUUUAGACCACGAAGAACUGCGUGUGCAUGAAAUAGAUGUUCAAGCCAAAGAUCUGGGGCCAAAUUCAAUUCCGGCUCACUGCAAAGUGGUUGUCAAUGUAAUAGAUAUCAAUGACAAUGCACCAGAAAUUAAGCUUUUAUCUGAAAACAGUGAGAUGGUAGAGGUCAGUGAGAAUGCACCUCUUGGUUAUGUCAUCGCACUGGUGAGAGUUUCAGACAGUGAUUCAGGUGCAAACGGGAAAGUGCAGUGCAGACUGCAGGGCAACGUGCCUUUCAGACUCAAUGAGUUUGAGAGCUUCUCCACAUUACUUGUUGAUGGCCGACUAGACAGGGAGCAGAGAGACAUGUACAAUCUUACUAUCUUGGCUGAGGAUAGUGGUCAUCCCCCACUGAGAAGUUCAAAAUCUUUUGCAGUUAAAGUAACAGAUGAAAAUGACAACCCCCCUUAUUUUACAAAGCCACAUUACCAAGCAAUGGUGUUGGAAAACAAUGUCCCAGGUGCAUUCCUACUUGCAGUGUCUGCUAGAGAUCCUGACCUGGGAAUGAAUGGCACAGUGUCUUAUGAAAUCAUCAAGUCAGAAGUUCGAGGAAUGUCAGUGGAGUCGUAUGUUACUGUAAACUCAAAUGGUGAAAUUUAUGGGGUCAGAGCUUUUAAUCAUGAAGACACACGGACAUUUGAAUUUAAGGUCUCUGCCAAAGAUGGGGGAGAUCCUUCAUUAACAAGUAAUGCCACUGUGCGAAUUGUUGUUCUGGAUGUAAAUGACAACACGCCUGUGAUGACAACCCCACCACUUGUUAAUGGCACUGCAGAGAUUUCCAUCCCCAAAAAUGCUGGAAGUGGUUAUUUGGUUACUCAAAUCAAGGCUGAUGACUACGAUGAGGGAGAAAAUGGAAGACUGACAUAUUCCAUCUCAGAGGGAGACAUGGCAUACUUUGAAAUUGACCAGGUUAAUGGUGAGGUGUGGACCACAAAAAUGUUUGGAGAAAACACCAAGCCCUCCUAUCAAAUAACUGUUGUGGCCCAUGACCAUGGCCAGACAUCUUUAUCUGCUUCUGCAUACAUCAUUGUCUAUCUCUCUCCGGAUCUUAACACACAUGAGCAGAUUGGACCAGGAAAUCUGUCCCUCAUCUUUAUCAUCGCUUUGGGCUCCAUUGCUGUUAUUUUAUUUGUCACAAUGAUCUUUGUUGCCGUGAAGUGCAAAAGGGACAACAAGCAAAUUCGCACAUACAACUGCAGUUUCAUGUAUUUAAAGAGGGUGGUGGAGUACUCAUAUGGCAACCAGAAGAAGUCAAGCAAGAAAAAGAAACUGAGCAAGAAUGAUAUCCGCCUAGUGCCACGUGACGUGGAGGAGACAGACAAGAUGAAUGUCGUGAGCUGCUCAUCCCUCACAUCCUCACUCAACUACUUUGACUACCACCAGCAGUCACUGCCACUGGGCUGUAGACGCUCUGAGAGCACCUUUCUCAACAUGGAAAGCCAGAACUCAAGAAAUGUUGCACCGAACCAUGGCUACCACCACAACUUCACCAGACAGGGCCCACAACAGCCUGACCUCAUCAUCAAUGGCAUGCCACUGCCAGAGACAGAGAAUUAUUCCAUUGACCCCAGCUAUGUAAACAGCAGAGCACACCUCAUCAAAAGUACAUCAACAUUUAAGGAUAUGGAGGGUAACAGCCUAAAGGACAGUGGUCAUGAAGAAAGUGACCAGACAGACAGUGAGCAUGAUGUACAGAGGGGCCACUAUGCUGACACAGCUGUGAACGAUGUACUCAAUAUGACUGUGCCUCCGAACAGCUGCCAGCUAUCAGAUCAAGAUCCCUCAGAAGGCUUCCACUGCCAGGACGAGUGUCGGAUUCUGGGUCACUCAGACCGCUGCUGGAUGCCACAUGUGCCAGUGCCAGCACAUGUUAAGUCACCUGAGCACAGUCGUGACAUCAUCGCUCUGUCAAUUGAGGCUACUGGCAUGGAUGUGCCACAUUAUGAGGACUGUGGAACCACCAAGAGGACUUUUGCCACCUUUGGCAAGGACGGGCUAGAUGAGGAGCCAAAAGGCAAGAGGACAAAUGAGAUGACCACAGGCAUCUGCAGCCCUGAAGAUAACAGUGGCAUUCGUAUGGCUGGAAAUGGACAUGAGGUCAUAAGCCCCAUCACAUCACCAGCACAUAUUAAAAGUCCACAGUCCAAGCCAGCCACUGACUACAACACAUUAAAACGCUGUGAUGUUGAGCGCAUCGCAAACCAUAGUCUGCUGCGCCAGCCAGAGGGCAAAGACAGUGAGCCGGCCAUGUGUGAGAUCAACACACUGCUGCAGGAUGGACAGGAGAAGGAAUCCCCAAGUAGCAAGCGCCUGAAGGACAUUGUGCUUUAA